CAGAAGAGAAGGCUCUCCAGGCAGCAGCGAGUGGAGUCCUGGUGGACCAGGGCGAAUGAAAGUGAGUGAGUGAGAGAGAGCGAGAGAGAGAGAGGCCAUGAGCUCAUUGCAGGACCAGGAGGAGGAGUGCCGGAUUGCGGAGCUCGUGGACCAUUCGGAGGGGACUUGUUGUACCGCGCUGCGUGUUUUCAUUGUGCCCUCUGUUGAUCACUCGCGAUGUGGCUGCCCAUGCCAUGACCUCGGGGAAACCCUAGCUUCGCUCGCUGGUCCUAGGCAGCACCAGCCGCAUCGUACGCCCGCACGUAGUACCUUCGAGUGUCUUCGGCGUUGAAGUUCUGGCCUUUGCCUUACGAGGUGUUCUAUUUAGGUUCCUUAUUUUUUAUUUUUUAUUCUUUUUACGUCCGAGAUGUGUGAAGGUGCUGGCUAAGAUAGGGAGGAGAGUGCGGUGGUGGAGUUUGGAGGUGACGGAGUAGACCGGGUGUCGGGUUGAUCGGCAAUACUACUCCCUGAAUGCCUGCAAUACUCCUACAUUCUACUUCCCAGAGAAUCAGUUCAACCCUCUUGGGAUAAUUAUACAUCAAGCGGUCCCGGAAAUUGGCUUCUAGGGGACUUUAGGGGAAAAUGAAGUCGUUCAAGAAGCUGCGGGACUUCGCGCGACAGGGGAGCAAAGCUAAGGAAAAGCAGAACAAUGUCAACGACAGCCAGCAGCGCCACCAGGUGCAUGGGGUGGGCUACAUGGAGCCAACCGAGGAUGCGGAGCUCGUAACUAAGGGAAUGAAGGAUGUUAGAGGCAUGCAGAACAAAUACGAGUCCCUUGUGAGCUUGUCUGCUGAGGUUUCUCAUCGAGCUUACGACUUAUCCACAGCUAUAUCCGAAAUGGCUUCAUAUUUUGCGGCUCCUGGUGUCUUGGAUGAUCAAGACAUUGGGAAAAUAUUCAAACUUGUGGGAGAGGUGCAAUUUGAAAUUUCAAAAUCUUUGGAACUCUAUGCAUCCCAUGUUACUCAAACAGUCACUGCACCUACAGAAAGUCUACUUGGUGAUUUACAAGAUGUCAUGGAAACCAAAAAGCAGUACGAUGAGAAAAGGCAGUCUUUGGAUUAUCAACGUCUGCGCAUAGCAAGAGGAAGAUCUAAAAUCGGGAAGGCUGAUGCUCAGGAGGAAGAGCAGCUAGAAAAUAUUAGAGAGCAAUUUGAAGAAGUUAGCCGGUUUUUAGGAGACCGAUUACUCUCGCUUCGACAAGGCCGGCCUCGAAGCCUUAUAACACAAGCUGCUCGUCACCAUGCUGCCCAGAUGCAGUUGUUCAGUAGAGGACUUACAUCACUUCAUGGUAUUGAGCCACACAUGAAGCAAGUCACUCAAGAGCUGAACAUUGACCGACGUCUAAAUCCUGCUGAUAGAGACGGAUUUGAGAAUGAGGAUGAGGAUGACGAAGAUGUGUCAGACAUUGACCAUCGCCUUGAUGAUGAUGGAUCAUAUUUUGAUGAUGCCGAUGAAGAGAAGGAGCGGCACCAUGCACGAGAAGAUGAUUUGGGUUCGGAGAGCUCUGGAAAUGAAGGUAAUUCACGAUUGAACAUUUCUCGGGAAUGGAGCUGUCACAUGGCAUUAGAAAGUGAUAGGCCUGGAAAUUCGGGGAACGAGGGUGAUUCUCCCUUGCCUCGAUGGAUUAUCAAUGGGAGUAAGUCAGCACCCACAUCACCACUUGCCACAUCUGAUGGUGUCGAUGAAGUUGACAGAUCUCCUCCCAGAUACAUCUCUGCUGUUCCACCCCCCACAAGGUCGCCACCACAUGUUUCUGAUAGAAGUCACUCGGGAGUGUUGCAUAGUGGUAUGCGGCAUCAAGAACCCAAACCCUCUACUUCUGAACGGACUUCUCCUCGUCAAAAUGUUUUAACGCCUGGGCUAACCCCACGUUUUCAAGGGCGAUCAACUAAGAUGGUUGUCCCGAUGUCGAUGUUUCCGCCAUUUGAUCAUACGCAGACCACUUGGCCCAUGCCUUUACCCCCUUCAAGUGAUCCUCCUCCAAUGUUGAACUUUGCAAGUCCUUCUUUGUCUUCAACUCCUAGAGGCUUUGUUGCGGUGAAUUCUGUUACUCCUAGUAAUAAACCGAAAAGAUACAGUUAUUCAGGACCUCUAACUUCUUCCGCAAAACCCAGAGAUACUGCGUAUUCUUCGGAUGUUCCAAGUAGUGGACCGCUGCGGCCAUGCCCAUCUUCAACAACGAAAUAUGGGCAUUGUAGAUCACCCAGACUGUCUCCAUCCAUCUCUCCUAGAGUAUCUCCACCUCAAAUCAGCGAGUUACACAAACUUCCCCCACCUCCCCUUAGUGCUAGCUCAUCUCCUAUCGCAUCAUCAUCAGGUUUGAUUCCGCACUCAGCCCCUGCGCAUAGGCAUCCUGAAGGCGCUACACUGCAUGCUUCUCCUCUUCCUCCCCCUCCUCUUGGUAAUGUAUCCCGGAGCCUUUCCAUUGGAGGAACUUGUAAGUUGCAAAAUACACAACGGUACAAGGGGGUGACAAUUUCUGAAGUGGAAGAGGAUGCUAUGCCAGCUAUACGAACUUCGCACAGUGGGCAUAGUGGUUUGCUAAGUUCUAGCAACCCGCACAUGGGCAACAAGAGUCCCUCGCUACAAAGAAGUGUAUCUGGAUGUGGAGUUUCUGCGGCUCCCAAACAUGGCGCACUUCACUUGACAUCUCCCGGCAGAGUCCAAUCUGGAUCAAGUGACAAAAAUAUGUGGAGAUUCAACACUAUGAUCCACUCUUCACCAAGUUUGACUUACAAUUAUUCAGUGGAGUCACCUCCAUCUACAAGUACUGCUGAUGAGGAUGAAAAAGCUCAGAUCGCCGACACCGAUUUUGAACUAGCUCGUCGAUCUUUGGACGCGGCGCUACCAAGCAGCACCAGCAAUACCACGAAACACCCCAAAUGGACCAAAUGGAGAUCAUUUUCAAGCCAUGAUACGGAGGAUUUGUUCCAAUUGGGGACCCAACAUCAAUACCGGGAUAGCUCCCACCAAGCGCAUGGGUAUCACACUCUCCCCACCCUUGGUACCACCAACGGCGUCCGACAUGCUUGAUGUUUAGUGGUGGCAGGGCUGAUAUUGUUCCAAUAAUCCCCCGUACAUAUAAGUUUUCAUAGCCCGGUGUAUAUUUAGGACAACUCUUAGGUCUGUUUGCUGAAUUAAAAAUCAUGGAUUUCUCUUUUUCUUUUUUCUCCACUGUAUUAAUCGUACAUUAGAAGGCCCGAAUUGUCCAGCUCCUUGCCUCUGUGAUUUCGUCACUCGCUGUUCCUCAUCAUGCUGACAGAAAGAAAGCUGAAUGGAGCAGUUGGGUUCUCAGUGAGGCAUGCCUGAUUCAUUCCGCAACAUAGUGUUGGAGCGAUACUACUGAUUGCCUAGCUAUACCCGUGGGAUGUUGAAUCUUACGGACACCGAGGAUAUGCUGUGACGGACAGAUUGUUUGAAGCCAUACUGCAAAAUAAUUCCCUGCUGUAUUGCUUCAUGUAGUUUUCAAUUUCUUUUAAUUUUGAUCUCAAAUGACAUAUUUCCAUAGGAAUUUUAAAAAGUUAUCAGUCAUGGAUUGUUUAAAACCAGAAUCAUAGCACUAUCCCUUAAAAGAACGCGGUUUACUAAAAUUGUUGUCAUAUGCCAAAUUACUUAGUUGGAGCAUAAACAUAUUUCUCAAGUCA